UGGCUUCAUCCCUUUUUAUUUGCCUUUUGCGUUUGAGAGAACCAGAAAGACAGAUAAUCUACAAGAUAACAUGGCUUUGAGAGUGUGGGCUUCUUCCACAGCCAAUGCACUCAGAAUUUCUUCUGCCUCCAAAGCCCGUCUCUCUCCUGCAUUCUCUCUUUCCCGCUGCUUCUCUACUGUUUUGGAUGGGUUGAAGUAUGCAUCUUCACAUGAGUGGGUGAAGCAUGAAGGCGCAGUGGCUACUAUUGGCAUCACUGAUCAUGCUCAGGACCAUCUUGGAGAAGUAGUGUUUGUGGAGCUGCCAGAACCUGGUGGCAAAGUUUCACAAGGUGGCAGCUUUGGAGCCGUGGAAAGUGUAAAAGCAACCAGUGAUGUGAAUUCCCCAAUCUCCGGUGAGGUUGUUGAGGUCAAUUCUAAGCUCACUGGAUCACCUGGCUUGAUCAAUUCAAGCCCAUAUGAAGAAGGUUGGAUGAUCAAGGUGAAGCCAAGCAGUCCAUCAGAACUAGAAUCCUUGCUGGGUCCAAAGGAAUACACAAAAUUCUGUGAGGAGGAGGAUGCUGCACAUUAAAUUAGACUUUGAAUGUGCUGCUGCAAGCUUCUUGGACUAACGGAUCAUUCUCGAUCAGCUGCUUAAUUAAGAUUAAUGUUAUUUGUUGUUGCCUUCUUCUCAAUUAUCCCUGCUUAAUUUCCACUAGACAAUUUACUUAUUAAAAAAGGAAAGAAAAAAGAUCAGUUCUUGUCAACAAUUACAAAGUUGAUGGCUCCAAGUUAAAUUUGCCUUUUUUCUUCCCCCAUCUAUCUCCCACUUUUGUAAUUCUGCAUCUUCAUGUAAUUAAGAUCCCUUCCCUUCCCGUUUCACAUC